AAACAAUAUAGGUUUUUGCCGGUUUUUCGAAACAGCACAUUUACUCUUCCAUCUACGAUGAGGCGGGUCUGCACUAUUGAGUUUUAACAAGUCCAGGCUUCACAUGAGCUUAAUGUUUGACUCUCAGAUUGCCGGUUAAGGGAAACCAUGAGAAAUACAUGCUGCUACGAAUUUUAAAGCAGUUGCAGCUAUGAACAAUAGCAACAUUUCAACACUAGGUGGUGUGCACGCCGUUACUCAGUGUACACUCGGGCUCAUCUCAAAAAGCUUUGCGACAAAGCUGGCUUUGACCAUCGUUUAUGUUCUUGUGUUCGUUGUUGCCCUCUCUGGAAACUGCGCCAUCAUUUUGAUAGCAAAGACAAAAAGACGCAUUCGAAAAGUUGCCUUCAAUUAUUUCAUCAUCUCCAUGGCAGUGGCUGACAUAAUGGAUGCUUUGGUUGCUGUACCAAUGACAGUCUUGAAUAUCUAUAUGUCCAACUACUGGUUUGAAGGAUUAAUUGGAGAUAUCACUUGUAAAUUUUUCAACUUUCUCUUCAACAUAUCACUAGUAGCCUCCAUUUUUACCCUUGUGGCUAUCUCAGCGGAUAGGUACUUGGCAAUUGUGCACGUCAUGAGGAAACCUCUCUCGAAAAAGAAGGUAAAACUGGGUGUGGUCUCAGUAUGGUUCCUUACAGCAAUCAUGUCGCUACCCUAUCUGAUCAAAUACAAAUUUCGUCCAUGGAAAAACGGGCAAUAUUUCUGUUAUGGCACCUGGAGCGACGAUUUCGGAAAAAAUUUAUAUUUUUAUAAGUAUGAGGUGACGGCAAGACUUCUGUUCUUCUACAUACUUCCUCUUUUUGUUAUCGCUGUCUUGUAUUCCUUCAUUAUCCAAGUCUUGAAGAAACGACAGGCCUUUGGGGAAAACAUGUCACAGCUUCGCAUUCAACAGCAGAACGUCACUGUAAUUAAGAUGUUGGUGACCGUCGUUCUUCUCUUUGCAUUUUCGUGGCUUCCAGCCCAUGUGGUGUCGAUAAUGUUCGCGUUCGCUCCAGAAAAGAUCAAAUGUUGGCCAAUUUCUCUCCUGUAUACACUUCUCGUGCCAGGACAUGCAAAUGGCGCCGUCAAUCCUUGUAUCUACCUCAUCUUCAACGAGAAUUAUCGGAAGGGACUCAGGCGACUCCUCGUCAGAUGUCAGAGAAAAGCGGGAGAUCGGAUUCCUACUUGGAAGAUAAAACAGUGGCCAACAUCAUCGACUCUCGAGCGGGAUCCAAGCCGAGGGGGCAUAAAGGGCGUAUUUCGUCAACUCUCUAAGGAAAAGAGCACUGAAACUGAUGAAGUAUUUGUAACGCGCCUAUAAAUCAAACACCGAAUGUAAGGCACAGCAUAAAAUUACUUUUGCAUCUCUUUAAGUUAUCUUUCUGUUCUUCGCCUUCAUUUUAUUUGCAAGUUUAGUGGAAUGAUUUAAACUAAUGUCAAGUAAGUUACGGUGACAAUUAUGAACGUGAAGUACUAUUAGUUACUUGGUUUAAAAGUUAUCUUUUUUGCUUGUGUUACGCUUGAAUGCUAUCUCUAAAUUUUUUACGACUCUAUAACUUCUGAUAGAGUGUAAAGUUUGAAAUGGACCUCCGUUCACAUAAACUUUACAAGCUCAGAGGCUCUUUUGAAAGUUUGAAGUGACUUGAAUAUAACGGUAUUUGAUAAUGACACUCCAUUGUAGAGAACAGUGAGUUAAGUAAAUGUACUAUAAAAGAUCAGGCGGAUAUGUUCUCUAACAGAGUAGAAGCAAAUAUUUUUAUAUUAAGCAUUAUAUCUCUUUUAAUUGGAAGGCAAAUAAUACGGGAAAAGAAUGCUUUCUUUGUGCCGGAUAGUUCUAAUCAGCUGUGCAUCAAAGUAAAGUAUAUUUCUGCUAAACGCUUUUGUUAAUAUGAUAAUGAUAACUAUUUGACCCAUGGAUUUGAAAAUAACAAGAAAGAUAUUGAGAAUAGCGAUCACGAUAAAGUUUAUGACGAUAACGACAACAAAGACGAAAAUGACAACGACGACGAUAGUGAUGAUGAUGAUGAUGAUGAUAUUAUAAAAAUUUGAUCGUUAUCAAGACAACGGUUAAGAUCCAAGCGCUAAUAUAGGCCAUAUUGAAAGUGAAGGUUAAAAUAAUUAUACUGAGCGAGCUAAAAGAUACGAAGGAAAGAAAUGAUUUUAAUUUUAGUAAUCAUGCAGACAUCUGUUGCAUACUUAAUAACAUUGUGGUAAAUGGAACAAGUUACCAGGAGGAUUCUAAGUCCAUCAGAAACUUGAUUUCAAUUGAAUGGUAAGCAUAUAAUUUGAGACAAAAUGUUUACGAAUAUAUCUAGUCGACGAAGCCUUCAUUUAGGCCUGAAAUAUCAAUAUGUAAUAUAUGUACGGGUAAAGCUCACCAAUCAAAGGACUCUUCCCAUGUGGAAAAGGGCUCGAGACUAUUUGGUGGUUGUCAGGUGGCCCCCUUAUGACUUUGGCAAACGGAUGACUGUAUAAUGAAGGCUGAGCAUAAUCCAUAGACGCUCGGGUUUUCUUGGAUACAUGAAACGCAGUUAAAUUUGCACAUCAAAACUAUUUGUCACUGUAGCUGUAGUAGGGCAGAAGAGCUAAGCGGAGCCUAUUAUACUCUGCUGUAUUAAUAGGUAUGAUAAAUUACAUGUGCUACGACAUAAUUAUGUAAAUAAAAUAUUCAAUUUUAUCCAGAUCAGCCAGCGAAAAAGUA